AUUCGCCCCACAGCAGCGAAGCGAACCUCUGGCAGCGUCUUGCGGUGGCUCAUGACGAUUGGCCACCCGGGUGAGGCGCAGUUGGCAGGAUGAGGAGUGGGCGCGCAACGCCCACAAAGCGGCUCUCAUUGUUACGUCACGCGGUGCUCGUUCAUUGUUACGCUACGCGGCGCGCAGGUGCUCACUCUGCCAUAUAAAAGGAGGGAGCGUCUGGCACAGGGACCAUUCGGCUCUUCGCGGAAUCGACUGCUUUCACGUGAGCGCUCGACAUCAUGGCGUUCCCGACCACGCUGCACAUCAUUGGCGGCCAAGGUGGAAACAAGUUCUCGUUCGACGGGCUGACGAAUGCGGCGACGCUGCAGAAGCUCUCCGUGAGCGUUGGGGGCUGGCAGGUGAGGGGCGUGGAGGUGUGGCUGACGGACGGGCGCAGGGAGACAUUCGGCGCCAUGGACUCCUCCGCUCAGGAGUUCGAAUUCGAGUCGGGCGAGUUCAUCAAGAGCCUCUCGCUGUGGGGCAACGGGGCCGGCACUCGCCUGGGCGCCAUCAAGUUCAGAACGAGCCGCAGUCGCGAGUUCUUUGCCAAGAUGACGGACUGGGGGCUCAAGACCGAGUACAAGAUCGACGUGGGCUCUGGCAUCUGCUUGGGCGUUCAGGGCCGAGCGGGGUCCGACAUUGACUCCAUGGGCUUCCUCUUCAUCAAUGCCAUAAAGUCGUCGGUGAUCCAGGACAUGAAGUACCCGACCAUGCACCAGGUCCUGCCCAACGUGCAGAUGGAGGAGAUUAAAGAAAUGGAGUACAAGAACGACACCAGCGUCGUGCAGUCGUACACCUUCGAGAGCUCCAAGAAGAUCACCAAAACGUCAUCGUGGUCCACCACCAACAAGAUCGAGUCCACCUUCAGCCUGUCGGUGAAGGCCGGCAUCCCCGAGGUCAUGGAGGUGGAGACCGGAUUCAGCUUCACCGUGGGCAGUGAGAGCACACACGCGGUGGAGGAGUCCGAGGAGAAGACGGAAACGCUCACGUUCCCCGUCGCUGUUCCGCCCCACAAGACCGUCACCGUGGUCGCCAACAUCGGUCGCGCCGACAUCGACCUUCCGUACACGGCCAUGCUGCGCAUCAGCUGCGUGAACGGCGCAUCCCUUGACGCUCCCCUGAGCGGCGUCUACAAGGGGCUCGCCUACACCAAGAUGACCGCCGUUGCUACCGAGAGCUAGAGCGGCGUUUCGCAGCGCCCUUUUUAUUUGUUUUGGUGACGUUGAUGAAGUGUUCUAAAGGAACGUUUUUUUUUGGCUGUGUAAAAUUCACCAAUAAAAAAAGAGGCCUACAUUGAAA